GUGAGCUAGCACCCGUUGCCGACGUUCUGAAGGAAUGGGAUAAAACCAAUGAGGUAUGCCAGCGAUCCAAAAUUCUUUACAAUCUGACCAGCAUGACUUGCUGAUAGAGCGGCUUUUGAUCCUUUCUCCAGGCCAUAACAGAGCUCAAUACUCUACUGGGUGACCCGAAUACAGAUGCCGAACUUAAGUCUUUAGCCCUCGAAGAUCUGGAAAUCAGCAUGGCUGCUUUGCCAACUAUAUCGGAGAAGUUGAAACAAGCCCUUAUCCCCCGUCACCCUUUCGCAACGCUUCCUUGUCUUCUCGAGAUUCGCCCUGGCGCAGGUGGAGACGAAGCGGGCCUGUUUGCUUUUGAACUUCUACGGAUGUAUACUGCAUUUUGCUCUCAUCGUGGCUUUCGGUCGAAUAUCAUCAAGCUGGAGGUGGGAGAUGGCCCUGCAGAAGAUCGGCUAAGCGAAGCAGUAAUAGAAAUCGAGGCAGACGGUGCUUAUGAUAUACUAAGGACCGAGUCGGGGGUCCACCGUGUGCAGAGAGUCCCAGCCACAGAGACUAAGGGACGUACUCACACCAGUGCUGUGAGCGUGAUGAUCCUUCCUAGCUUUCCAGAGGCAGGUGGUGUGGAUAAUGCGCUCAACUUUGACGACCCGAGCAGUGACUAUUACAUUGAUCCCCAGGAAGUUCGCAGUGAGAAAAUGCGAGCUGGGGGUGCUGGCGGCCAACACGUGAACAAGACAGAGUCUGCUAUUCGCUUGACUCACGUACCGACGGGUAUCGUUGUUUCCAUGCAAGAUUCACGCUCCCAACACGCCAACCGCAAAAAGGCCUGGCAAAUCCUACGCUCGAGAUUGGCUGAGGCAAGACAAGCGGCCCGAGAACACGAACUUGUGGAACUCAGGAGGGGGGUACUGGGCGGCGUCGCUCGCAUGGGUCGUGGAGACAAAAUUCGCACGUACAAUUAUGGCCAGAGUCGUUGUACAGACCAUCGGAGUGGCAUCACCAUACACAACUUAGAUGAUGUUUUGGAUGGUGGCGAGGGACUUGAGACGGUCAUGGAAAGUGUGCGGUCCUGGCUGAUUGACCAAGAAUUGGCAGCCUUGGCUGCUGAUGAGCUAGCAAAAGCCAAAGGAGCUUCACGCUCCUAGAAACGAGCCAAGGUAUCAAAAAGGCGCUGAUGUGUCUUUCGGUACCAUUGCUAUUCCUAAAUUCGAGGCUGUAGAUACAGGUAGUGUUAACGAACAUUGUGAACACUAUUCCUCCGCUCAAGAUCAGCCUAGCGAGUCGCG